ACAUAAAAUUAUGGCUUUUGCUUGCAUCAUAACUAAGAAUGGCAUUCUUGUUACUCUUCUUUUAGCCUUUUGCAUACUUUCAUUUCCAGAUGACUCAACAGCAGAAUGGUUUACUCAUGGAGGAGACAUUAGUAACAGAAGGAACGCUAUCGGAGGAACGAUCAAUCCGAUUUCAGUCAGACUUGGCUUGUUGAGACAGAGAUGGAAGUUCUUAGCUGGAUUUGACAUUACUGCAACGCCAGCAGUAGCUGAUGGAGUAGUCUACUUCCCGUCGUGGAACGGGAAUCUGUACGCAGUCAGUGCUUUGAGUGGAGCUCUCAUCUGGAAACAAAGUUUAGGUUCAUUGACAGGCAUACCGCCCACGGGACGGUAUGUGAACGCGACGGUGUCACGGGCUACUCCAGUGGUGGUUGGCGAUCUCUUGAUUGUUGGAAUCUACGGUCCGGCAUAUGUGGUUGCUGUAAGAAGGGCCACGGGACAACUUGUCUGGUCCACUCUGGUGGAUCCUGGCCGGUUGAGCAUAGUUACUGCAUCGGGAACUGUUUACAUGGGGGGAUUCUAUGCAGGAGUAUCAUCCCUGGAAGAACUAUUACCAGCCGGACAAUGCUGCACCUUCCGUGGAAGUCUGGUAAAGCUGGACGUAAGAACUGGAAAAAUACUAUGGCAGACAUACACUCUACCCGAUAAUGGCGGCAAGCUGGGAGGAUAUUCCGGGGCAGCCAUAUGGGGCAGCAGCCCCUCCAUUGACCCGAUACGAGGACGUGUCUACGUUGGAACGGGCAAUCUCUACCUUGCUCCCGCAGAUGUUCUCCAGUGCCAGGCCCGGCAGAACAAUCAAACCACGCCACCGAGCGGGCCUGAUCAGUGUUUUGGGCCGGAUGUUCACUUUGAUUCCUUGCUGUCGUUUGAUGUUAAUUCGGGGAAAAUUGUAUGGGCUAAGCAACUGGGAGGCUAUGAUGUUUUCUACUUCGCGUGUUUGGUUCCCAAUAGCCCUGAUUGUCCGCCUGGCCCGAACUUGGAUGCGGAUUUUGGAGAGGCCCCAAUGCUGCUCAGCAUUGUUUCAAAUGGAAGAUUACGUGAUGUUGUGGUGGCAGUUCAAAAGAGUGGCUUUGCUUGGGCUUUGGAUCGUGGCAAUGGGGACAUCGUUUGGUUCACAGAAGCAGGCCCCGGAGCCCUGGAAGGAGGAGGAGUAUGGGGUGCAGCCACCGAUGGAAUACGAGUGUACACCAACAUAGUAAACGGUGACAGGCUCCCCUUUACCCUGAAGCCCUCUAAUCAAACCACUGUGGCCGGUGGAUGGGUGGCAAUGGACGCCAACACUGGAAGAAUCCUCUGGACAACAGCCAAUCCGAGCAAUGAAACUGCUCACGGGCCAGUGACCGUAGUGAACGGAGUCCUCUUUGCAGGGUCAGUGGCGCCUAGUGGUCCUGUCUAUGCAAUGGAUGCUCAAACAGGGGCUAUAAUUUGGUCGUUCAACACUGGGGCCACCAUAUAUGGAGGAGCAUCUGCCAGCUAUGGCUGCAUCUACAUUGGCCAUGGAUAUUCAAUAGGCCUUGCGAAGUUCCAUCCCACUUGGAAUAGUGGGAAAUAUCUCUAUGCCUUCUGCAUGCCGUAAACAGAAAAACAGAACAACUACAUUUUCAAUAAGGCUUUAAAAGUAGGAACAAUGAAAGAAAAAGCUCGUUUACCUGUUUCUUGAGGAUGAACUUCGGCACACUACAAAUAUUACUUUAAGUUUUAUUUUGAGUACAUACUCUAUAAGUUAUUAAUGUAGAUCAGGAGACACCCGGAGUUCCCCCAAACACUUCAGUGGGGCUAAAAAGUAAUACCCUUGAGUAGGAGACUAGCUCAGUCCCAAUGAAGUGUUCUAAGGGAACUCUAGACAAGACCUGACUUGAUUUCAUCUCUUUCUUAUGUUAAUUUGGUUAA